GGACUUUACAUGGACUUAUGGAGCUGUGUACCGGGAACUGCAUCGCCUGGAAUUCAUCGAGGACCGCUGCGAGCUUCGUCGUCGGCAUCGUAAUUGGUGAGCCCCAAUAUAUGGCAGGCCGGCGAGGUGUGGGGCGUGUUCACCGAACGUCACUCGCUAUAGUUACCUAGCUCAACCAAAGUUUAAGGUUGCGUGGAACUUUAGCGAGCGGGUUCCUUGAAAACGCUGCCACUUCGAGUCCAACUCCCCGUGACACAGGCGCGCGCGUACAGCUUUCAGGCUUAGCUUACGGUUAGGUAGGUAGGUAGCUUGUCAGGGGUUGUGUGCACGGGAGGACUCGACCCGGAAUGUCCGUGGCGCUCCCGCGGGCCUCAUUUCGUGCCAGACUUCUCUGGUGCGUAAUGUGGUUCUCGCGGGCCGCAAAGCGGCGUCCCGGUGUUUGCCUCGUCGGCUUGUCUCCGAACUUCAAGAAGCCGGCAACGUCUGAACUUCAAGUCUGCACAACGCGUCGCGUCGGGGACCUGCUGCGGGCGGAGCGCAGCUUCGACUUGGCUGCUAGACCUGCAGAGUGCACAUGGACCAGCCGUGGCUUCGCGCUCAAGCGUUAUUCGAGCGCUGACUUACUGACACGCCCCGUGCCACACCGGCAUAUCUUUCGCGCUAUCGCCGACGGAGUCUUCAUGGCGGACGUGCUCCCGGCAUUGGAUCGAGAGCGCCGACUGUCUUCACACACCCCUUGGACCACAACGGCAGAUCUCCCUGGCGGAUAUCCUCCCGGCACUACCUCAAGUGAGCACUCUCUCAUUCGUCCACGAGUAGACUAUAAACAAGAAUCCUGCUUCUAG